GGGGUGGGGGGGGGGUCCUGCCACCAUGUGCCAGCUGUGUGCUGAGGACAAGCUCCCCGCUGGCUUCAGCUCUCAGAGCAUUUGGUGGUGGGGAGAAGCAGGGCCUGGGCAGGUUGCCUGGCCACCAGCACUGCUGCCUGUAGGAGGCUCCCCGGGCAGGUGACGCCUCAGAAACCGGGCGAGAUGGUGACCGCGGGCCAUUGGUCAGCUGGGGAGGGCCUCUGCCAGGGAGCUCCUGAGAGCAGCCCCCACACUGCUGAACCCCUUGGCUCUGGGUCUUGGGCUGAGGCCUUAAGUGGCUGGACCCUGGGCCUAGACUCAGGCCCUGUGGGUUCCAGAGCAGUCUCCUGCCUGCACUGAGUCCCCAGGGUACCUACCCUGAGCAUGGCAAGGUAAUGGCACCUUCUGGCCCCACCAGUUCCCAGCUGUAUGAGGGCUGAGGACCCUAGAAGUGCUGGGAAGAGUUGCAGGAAGGCCCAAAGGGGCAGUGCCACCAUCGGAUGUUGGCACCCAGAUGAAGGGAGCGCUGGCUGCAUGGGAAAAGCUGGCAGCCCAGAUCACAGCCCUGUCAGGCGCCAAUUAGAGGGGAGGGCUGCCCUCAGCGGGCCCUGCCCCUUGCUCUCUUCCUCUUCCCCCACCCACGUUCAUCCAGGCCUGCCGGGCAAGGCCAGCUCCCCAGGGCUUCAGGGCCUCCUCACUGGCGGCUGGGUUUGAGUGGCUCCGCCUUCACUACUCCCUCCCAGGCUCGAUGUUUAAAAAGGAGCCCUUGCCACAGCUCUUACAACUUCCUUUGCAGGCCCUUAUUGGGUAGCGCCAAAGAUUCUGGAGGGGCCUGUGGGUCAAGGCUGCCACACGCACGCCUUUUCCUAGCCCUCCCUCCUGCAGCCACAUCACGAAGGCUGGGCCAGGCGAGAACAGAGCUGGAGGGCGGCACCCACACUCUCCGGUUCGCUGCUCUCCUGGCCUGGCCCCGGACAGUUCCCUUUUCUGAAUGGAGGGGCCGUGUGACCACCUGUUUGCUCAGCCGUGGAUGCUGCUUCUGCACAGGGGCCGUUUGCUCUAGAAAGUUCACAGGAAGCAGGCUGCUGGGCUCAGGGAGUGCAGAGUGGUGGGAGGAAGCUGUUGAAGCUGCCCAAAGCUUUCCGGUUCUUGGCACACCCCCUGUCCCCCGCGCCCCCAGCAGGAUGGAGGAUUCCCAGCCUGGGGUCCUAGUCAGCCCUCAGGUAGCCGACUGUCUGGGCCAUCCUCUCCAGCCUGACAUCCUUGUCUCCCCAGCGGCUGUGGAGGGUGCCCCUGUGCCCACCUGGCCAGCACCACCUGCCCAGCUCAGAGAAGGGGCUAUGGCUGCCGCCUGCCGCGUAGGGCAGAUUGCUUGCCUGGAAGGGCUGUUCUUGACUUCCUCCUUCCAAGGAGGCCCGGGAGUGGCUCUGUGUUCUCAUUACUGUGCUGGCCACGAUGGGGGUGAGGAUCAGUGCAACUGAGCUUUCUGCUGUUUCUAGCUAGUGGCCAGGCAGUGCGGGGCAGGUGCCACCUGGACACAGGUCCCCCACCUCCCCCCUUUCUUUUUCAAGACAGAGUCUCUCUCUGUUGCCCAGGCUAGAGUGCAGUGGUGCAAUCUCGGCUCACUGCAACCUCGACCUCCUGGGCUCAAGUGAUCCUCCUACUUCAGCCUCCCAGCUGGGACCACAGGUGCACACCACCACACUCAGCUAAUUGUUGUUGUUUUUUUUCUUUUUUUUUUGAGAUGGAGUCUUGCUAGAUGGAGUCUCACUCUGUCGCCCAGGCUGGAGUUCAGUAGUUUGAUCUCGGUUCACUGCAACCUCUGCCUCCCAGGUUCAAGCGAUUCUCCUGCCUCAGCCUCCCAAGUAGCUGGGAUUACAGGCACCCGCCACUACGCCUGGCUAAUUUUUACAUUUUUAGUAGAGAUGGGGUUUUACCAUGUGGGCGAGGCUGGUCUCGAACUCCUGACCUUGUGAUCCUCCCGCCUCGGCCUCCCCAAAUGCUGGGAUUACAGGCGUGAGCCACCACGCCCGGCCCUGGCUAAUUUUUAAAGUUUUUUUUUUUUUUUUUUUUGUAGAGUUGAGGAUGUCCCCAUGUUUCCCAGGCUGCUCUUGAACUCUUGGGCUCAAGUGAUCUGCCCACCUCGGCCUCCUAAAGUGCUAGGAUUACAGGCAUAAGCCACCGUACCUGGCUCUAAAGCUCCUUUUUAAAGGCACCUUUGGACUGUGUGGCUUUUAGUGGAAAGUUAAGCGUGGGGGCCCCCAUGUCCCUUCUGCAAGCCUCGUGUGUUAAGUCAAUGAAAACUGUUUACAGAGAGCCUGGGGCUAGGUAAGCAACAGGGCUGCGGGUAUCAACCACGCCAGGACAGGGCGUGGAGGCCAGGGCUGUACUGGGUUAGGCAGGCUGGCAGUGAGGACUGUGUCCUUCUGUGGUAACCCAGGGAGCAGCCAGAUAUGGGGCAAGCCAGUUGUCCCCAGAGUGGAACCUGGCUGCAAAUGACGCUGGCGAAACCACACUCACUGCCAAGAUCCAGGACAGACAGCACUUCCUCCCACACAACUUUCUCCAAACUCCAGGGGGUUAAUGGUUGGCCCUGCUGUGGGGAGGGGCUGGAGCCAGGAUAGCCUCUGGCAGAGCGGGAGGUGUGAGAGGACGCAGCUCUGGGCUUCUGGAGCUACCUGUUCUUGCCUCUGAGAUCUCGCCCGGCCUCCCUCACCAGGAUUGGGAGUGUGAGCUGGCCGGCCUGGCUCUGUGACCUCGGGCAUGGUCAGUGCCCGACUUGGUCUUUUCUCCCGUGGGAAGCGUCUAGGCGCAGACUUGCAGAGAGUGCCAAGAAGGCCGGAUACCUGCCCCUCUGUCCACAGCACACCGUCAUCCACUCACUCAUCUGUGGCAGGCCUGAGUGCCAGGCGUGGACGGGGACACUGCUGCUGGGCACAUGCCUUCUGUACUGCGCCCGCUCCAGCAUGCCCAUCUGCACCGUCUCCAUGAGCCAGGACUUCGGCUGGAACAAGAAGGAGGCCGGCAUCGUGCUCAGCAGCUUCUUCUGGGGCUACUGCCUGACGCAGGUUGUGGGCGGCCACCUCGGGGAUCGGAUUGGGGGUGAGAAGGUCAUCCUGCUGUCAGCCUCUGCCUGGGGCUCCAUCACGGCCGUCACCCCACUGCUCGCCCACCUGAGCAGUGCCCACCUGGCCUUCAUGACCUUCUCACGCAUCCUCAUGGGCUUGCUCCAAGGGGUUUACUUCCCUGCCCUGACCAGCCUGCUGUCGCAGAAGGUGCGGGAGAGUGAGCGAGCCUUCACCUACAGCAUCGUGGGCGCCGGCUCCCAGUUUGGGACGCUGCUGACCGGGGCCGUGGGCUCCCUGCUCCUGGAAUGGUAUGGCUGGCAGAGCAUCUUCUAUUUCUCCGGCGGCCUCACCUUGCUUUGGGUGUGGUACGUGUACAGGUACCUGCUGAGUGAAAAAGAUCUCAUCCUGGCCUUGGGUGUCCUGGCCCAAAGCCGACCGGUGUCCAGGUACAGCAGAGUCCCCUGGAGACGGCUCUUCCGGAAGCCUGCUGUCUGGGCAGCCGUCAUCUCCCAGCUCUCUGCAGCCUGCUCCUUCUUCGUCCUCCUCUCCUGGCUGCCCACCUUCUUCGAGGAGACCUUCCCUGACGCCAAGGGCUGGAUCUUCAACGUGGUGCCUUGGUUGGUGGCGAUUCCGGCCAGUCUAUUCAGUGGGUUUCUCUCUGAUCAUCUCAUCAAUCAGGGUUACAGAGCCAUCACGGUGCGGAAGCUCAUGCAGGGCAUGGGCCUUGGCCUCUCCAGCGUCUUUGCUCUGUGCCUGGGCCACACCUCCAGCUUCUGUGAGUCUGUGGUCUUUGCAUCAGCCUCCAUUGGCCUCCAGACCUUCAACCACAGUGGCAUUUCUGUUAACAUCCAGGACUUGGCCCCGUCCUGCGCCGGCUUUCUGUUUGGUGUGGCCAACACAGCCGGGGCCUUGGCAGGUGUCGUGGGUGUGUGUCUAGGCGGCUACUUGAUCGAGACCACGGGCUCCUGGACUUGCCUGUUCAACUUUGUGGCCGUCAUCAGCAACCUGGGGCUGUGCACCUUCCUGGUGUUUGGACAGGCUCAGAGGGUGGACCUGAGCUCUACCCAUGAGGACCUCUAGCUCCCAACCCUACAGCCUCUCCAAGGACCCAGGCGCCAGCAGCCCCGGGACACAGGGGACUCAGUGUGUGGGACUUGGUCACUCCAUGUCAGACACAUGAGCAGAGAGGAACACAAACCACUGUGGAGCCUGAAGCUCCUUAAGAAGAGUCCACACCAGCUGGUGGGAGGGUGGGGUGGGCCUGGGUCCAGACCAGGCUCGCUGCUCUCUGGGCCUCAGUUUCCCUACCUGCCAGCGGGCUCGGCCCUGUCCUCCUCACAGGCUGGUGUGGCCGUCAGGGUGGGUGGGGUUAUUGUUAGUAGGCGCAGCCUCAUUCCCACCACGAUCUUCCGCGUGGUUCCCGCCAAGCCUCCCACAGUGCCGUGGUUCCCGCCAAACCUCCCUCGGUCGCCGUGUUCUCCGCAAGCCUCCUGCAGCGCCCGCCGGCCAGUGUGAGGCUGGCACCAGGCUGCAGCCUCCCCAAUCCCAGCCCACUUUGCUGUGUCUCUGGCGGGCUGUCCUCCUUAGUGGGAGCUGUCCUGUGCACUGUAGGUUGCUUAAAGGUAUCCCUGGCCUCCGCCCACCCCUAGCCAGCAGCACCUACCCUCCCUCCUCCCAGUCAGACAACAGCCAGAAAUGUCUCCAGACUCUGCCCAGCCUCCCCAGGUAGCCACCCUCGAGACAUGACCUCAGAGUCUCUGUGUCUCCCAGCAGCCUGACAGAGACCCCCAGGGCAGUGGGUGGGUGGCGGGCUAGAGACCGUUGCCUGUUUCCGGGACCCUGGCGCCGCUCUCCCCUCCUGUGGAUCCCUCCGCACUAACAGUGUUCUCAGUGGGCAGACGCCUGGGCACCCCUUGGGCCCUGCCCAGCAUGGCCAUGGCGCAGGCUCUCGAACCCGCAUGGCUUUCCCAGGCCUGGUGAUUCUGCUCUCCAGGGACGGUUGGCACCUUCCUCGGGGGCGGGCCCCACGCACCCCAGAACACACAGACCCACCUUUCUGGCGUUCUUUCUACCUCCCUUUUCGUUGCCUGAGGAGCUGGUGGUUUCAUGAGUUAAUGAUACAUCUUGCAAGGUGUACACAUAGAGAAAAAAACCUAAAAAUGUGGAAAAGCACGCCAAAGCCUUAUUUAAAUAAUAACUAUUAAACUAUUCAAAAA